UUAAGGGAAGGGGCGGGGAGGCGGGCAGUGAGACAGCGAGUGAGCGUUCGAGGGUCAAGCGGUUGAAGAAACUGAAGUGCGUCAGUGACAACGGCCGCAGCCUCCAGGAGAGAGAGAGAGAGAGAGAGAAAAGGCCUACGUCGUUAAUGUGUGCGGAGACUCGGGAAGUGAUGGUUCCUCAGGCGGCCUUUCACUCCCAGUCCAGGGCCUUUGCGCCGCCGCGCUGCUCGAGUUUCCAACAGCCGAACUUUAUGAGCCCGAGAACGGCGGGCGCCUUCACCAGAAGACGGGGUUUCCAAUAAAGACCCAGACACCUUUAUCAUCUGAUCGUCUGAGCCGACGGGAUCCCAGGUCAUCGCAAGUGUCUGAAACCCUAGAGCCCUGCGUUGAAGACUACGUGUGAAGUGAGCUGUGUCUUGCAACAUGAAGCUGCUGGAAAACUGCAGUUUUGAGGCUAUGAACUCUCAGCUGACCAUAGAGACUGGCGACUCACGUAUCCAAGGCCGGAUCGAGAGCUACUCCUGUAAAAUGGCGGGGGACGACAAGCAGAUGUUUAAGCAGUUCUGUCAGGAGGGGCAGCCCCAUGUGCUCGAAGCCCUUUCCCCUCCGCAGACCACUGGACUCAGCCCAAACAAGUUCAGUAAGAGUCAGAGUGGUGAUGAGGGUGAGGGACCACUCUGUGACAAGUGCAGCCGUAAGACACUCUUCUACCUGAUCGCAACGCUCAAUGCGUCCUUCCGUCCUGACUAUGACUUCAGCACAGCCAAAAGCCAUGAGUUCAGCAAGGAGCCCAGUCUUACCUGGGUGGUGAAUGCAGUGAACAGCAGCUUGUUCUCUGCCAUUGGGGAGGAGUUUAACACUCUGAAACCCCAGUUGUGGAACGCUGUGGAUGAGCAGAUCUGCCUCUCGGAGUGUGACAUCUACAGCUACAACCCUGACCUGGACUCAGACCCGUACGGUGAGGAGGGCAGCCUCUGGUCUUUCAACUACUUCUUUUACAACAAGAAGCUGAAGAGAAUAGUCUUCUUCACGUGCCGCUCAGUCAGCGGCUACCUGUACAGUCAGGACACCGAGGUCAGUAACAACUUUGAUAUGGACCUGGAGGAUGAAGACCUGCUCAGUCUGGAUGAGGAAGAGGAGGAGGAAGCGGAAGCCAUUGAAGAGGGCAGAUACCAGGCAGUGUGCGUCUGAAGAGGGGUUGAAGAGGGGCAGACCUCGCUUGCUCCCUCGCUCGCUUUCCCUGGCAUUUCCACUCCUUCAACCUUUCGGCGCGAGCAAUUCCGUGAAGGUGAACAACCAGCACUUUUUUUUCCCCACAUUCUUAAUCUCAGGCGUUGCAAAAAGAUACUUCUUCCCACCGCCCCCCCUCCCACCCUGACAGGCUUCAGAGGAGAGCUGUUGCUAAACUCUUGCUUGAGAGGUCACCUUGUGAACCGCAUGAAGAUUUUGAGGUCAGCCGGAGCAGGUGGGUUGGAACUGGCUCCCUCCAGCUCUUACCUCUGUGAGAGGAGCGGCUGCUGUUGGCGCAUGGCUUUGAUGACCUCCCUUGCUGACUGUGCUCUUACCCAGUCCCCUGAGUUUGUUGCACUGACUUGUCCACGUGACGUGGUGGAUCCGGCACAGACAUUGAGUGGAAGAGAGAGGACCAGGCUAUCUCCAAGGAUCCUCGAUG